UUGCUAUGUUGUAACGUUGUUUUUUUUCUAGUGAAUCGAUAUUCAUAGUCGGUGAUGUCCAAAGUCAAACCCUGGGAGUAUCGGAAUAGUUCUUAAUCGGACCUUAAGAACAUUUUUAUCAAAGAACGCAAACUGUACGUUACUGACGCUCCCGGUAAGGUCGUUAAGGUCAGUCACGACGCAAGGCGCUCCCACUUCUGUCUGAGCACACGCCACAACAAGAGCUGCAAAAAAGUGCGCAAAUCAUCAUGAAGGGUUUUGUCUUUGUCAUCGGUUUUGCUCUCGCCUGCUGCGUCCCUGCAUGUGGUGCUCUGGAGUGCCGUACUUGCGCGGCUCUUGGCACCAGGCAGGACUGUCUGAACCGACCAGAGUCUAACUGCACCAUUCCUGACCCCGUCUGCAUGACAACUUAUAAAAGCGUUGCAGGUGUAAAGGGGUGGAGCAACAACUGCUCACCAAGGGCCGGUUGUGAAGCAGCUAAGCUCUCGAACCACCUAUUGUGCAAGAAGAGGGAAGUGUUCACCUGUGUCACCUGCUGCACCACUGACGGCUGCGUGGGAGAUCUCAUGCCCUCAGCUGCAUCCGCCGCUCGAAUCAGCAUCGUCACCAUGGCAACCGCCGCCCUGGCCGUCCUCCUGAAGAACGCCGCGGGGUUCUAGCCAGCAGCACGUCGCCAUGACGACGGAUGACGUCCGAUUCUGACUUCAUAUCCGCUAAAAGCAAUGCAUUUAAUUCGCUUCGUUUCACUCUGACAGAUAAUUCUAGAUCUGCCGAGACAAGAGAGAGAUGUGUCUACUUAAGUCUGGUUAUUUUCGGCCUUUGAUUUUGCGGGAGCGAGGCGUGUGGCUUAGUCCGUUGAUAUUUUGUCAAUGAAAGAUUUUAAUUGAAACAAUGAAAAUACAUAGCAAAUCGAAUUUUCUUCUUUCUUUCUGAAAGAUUUUGCUUGAAAUAAGGAAGAUCCAUAGCAAAUCGAACUUACUUAUUUCCACCGUUUUAAAAGGAUUAUUGUCAGGCUAUAUUACGGGAUCAUCCAAUUUCAAACAUAAACCAAGUUUUAAAACAAAGAUGAUGAUAUUAGUAUUUUGAUAUACGUUUUAACGAAUAUUCCAUUGACUUGAAAGAUGAAGUAGUUCUCCCACCUAACACUGUAGAGGAGCCGUGAGUCUGCUUGCGGUGAAAUAAACUUGGUAAAAACAA